AGCAAGUCGAUUCUAUCAUGGCACGAGGGCGUGAUGGAGACGUGGUCGGCCGACUAAAAGCGAAUCGGCUUCCUGGCCCCAGACGCGCCCUUCGGCAAGGGAUCCAUCAAUUUGACCAGCAUACGGGAGUCGGACGCCGGCUGGUAUGAAUGCAAGGUCUUCUUCCCCAAUCGCUCGCCCAGCACACGUCUCAACGGCACCUGGUUCCAUCUCACUGUCAAUGUGAACUGACUGUUGACAACAGGCGGUGACCUUCUGGGCAUUCCGCCGAUCAACCAGACGGUGCUGGAGGGUGAGACGGCCGAAUUCGCCUGCGUGACUAAGGACUCGGCCGAGUCGGUCACUUGGCACAAGGACGGCGUGCCGAUCGCCGAACUGGCAGACCUGAGUCAGCGUGCAGAAGUGACGCCCUCAGGCUCUCUCACCAUCCGCACGCACAUGGACGAUGUGGGUCGCUACACCUGUCACGUGGCCAGUGCCACUGGUGACACCCAGGAGGCGUCCGCCUAUCUUAAUGUGCAGUAUAAGGCCAAAAUCGUGUACUCGCCGCCAGAGAAGUUUUUCCCGUACGGCCGGCCGGCAAUCCUCGACUGUCACUUCCGCGCCAACCCGCCGCUCACCAAACUCAGGUGGGAGAAGGACGGAUUCCUCUUCGACCCGUUCAACGUGCAAGGCGUCUUCUUCAGGAAGAAUGGAUCGUUGUACUUCAGCAAGGUAGACGAAUCACAUGGCGGCGACUACGUGUGUACGCCUUUCAAUGACCUUGGCACAGAGGGGCCUUCCCCCCCUAUCCACGUGAUGGUGCAGCGGCCCCCCGUAUUCACCCUCCAGCCGCAGAACCUCUACCUGCGCAAGGUGGGUGACUCCCUGGAGAUGCCCUGCGACGCUCUUGACGGUGACGGUUCUCAUCGACCCUCCAUCUUAUGGUAUAAGAAAGAUGGCUCGCCGCUACCGCCGAAUCGCUCCUACCUGACAGGCGGCAAUCUGACAAUUGCGGCCGUUGAGGGCCACCGCGGCCUGUACCAGUGUGUGGCCAGCAACGAAGCGGCAACAAUCCGCCGAAGCGGACUGCUGAUUGAGAAUUCGCCCGCCAGAGCGCCUACAACCUCAGCGGCUAGCAGUACCCUAACCACCAUCUCUCAGUGGAUUCCGGGCCAUAGCAAGCCGCAGAUGGAGUACAGUGUAUG